CUGGACAGCAAACAUAUAAACUGACAUGACUUCAUGGCACCUAUAGCAUCGUAAACAACUUUACCACCUGCUUUUACUUUUACAGGUUCACACUUUUCCACCAGCAAGGCGCACCUCGACAAAACCUGUCCUACAAACUUUGCAAUGUUAGGGGACCUGUCCAAAGUUGCUAUAGCGAACUUAUUAUUACAGCCAGCCUUCGAGCAUGCCGACCGGAGGUCUUGCCCGUGCGGGGCCAAAUCACGGCCUAAGCUCGCAUUUACUGAAACUAAAGCUUCCCAAACCACUCCACUUACAUGACGAGUCCGCCCAAAACCAUACAACGGCAGCAGCUGGACCAGGAAGUCCCAACACGUCCAGCACAGCCAGCGACGCCACUCCCGAUUCCCCACAGCGCUGCCAUUUCCGCCUCAACACUGCCAGCCUCGGCUCGCACACCGGGACACCAACAUCAAGCCUCCACCACAACCACAACCCAGCCUCGACAACCACCAACAGCGACGACAACAGCGACUGCAGCCAUCACCAUCGCCACACCCACAGCAGCCACAGCCCCAGCAACCACCACCGCCACCGCAGCCAUGAUCCCGCCAGUGACAGGGGUGACAGCAGCGGCGGCAGCAGCGCGGACGAGUCCGGCGGCGAAGGCGGAGGCGGGUAUGAUGCGGACCGGGCCAACCGCCGGUCAGUCCGACAGCGGCAGCAGCAGCACCUCAGUCACAGCAGCAGGCGGUCCUCGGUGUGCUCCCGCUCGGGGGCGCCGCUGUCCGACCUGCUAGACAAGAUGGGCCCAGGAGCCCGGGAGGCUAUGGAUCUGGAUCCAGGUUUUUCGGCGCACAGACCCGCGGGUCACAGGAGUGGCAGCAGCGGAGAAAGCGAUGACGACGAGGCGGAUGAGGAUGAUGAUGAGGAAGUGGGUGCAUCGGGCCGCAGGGUGCUAAACCCCCGGGACGCUGCUGCUCGACAUGAGCGGAGAAUGGCCCAGCUGGAGCGAGCCCGCGAGGCGGUCCGCGACUCGCUGCUCUCCCGCCGCCUGCUGGACCCCCGACUGCUGGCCAGCAGGGGGGCGCCGCCAGCGGGGCCGGCAGCAGUGGCAGCAGCCGCCGCCGCCGCAGCCAGCAGCAGCAACACCGGCAACCUGUCCUCCCUCACCUCCUCGAUGUCUCACUCCCAUACGUCUCAUUCCAAGUCCGCAGCAGCACAGCAUGCGCUGCCCCCCCACCUCUUGCUGUCAGUUCACACCGUAAAGGCCAACCACCCGGGCUCGGCCUGCUCCUCCCCCACCGCCGCCUCCUCCCCCACGCCUCCACCGCUGCUAAGUAGCCCCAUGGCGGCCGCCGCCGCCCGCCGUCGUCACCGCCAGCUCUGUCUGCUGGAGGAGCGGUCCACCGGGGGCGCCAGCGGACUCAAGCUAGGGCCCUUCGCGGCGGCGGCAGCGGCGGCGGCGGCGGGUAACGUCGGCGGCAGCACCAGCCGUACAGUUUCCCGGCGGCCGACGUUUGCCAGUGGUGUGUCUUGUAGCGGUCUGAGCAUGAGCAGCAGCACCACUGGUGGCGGAGUGCGGUGGGGUGGCGGUGCGGGUUCGGGUGGUGGGUACGACAGUAGCGGAGGCGGCGGCGACGGAGGCGGCGGCAGGAAUCGCGACAGCCGGCAGAGCUUUACAACGCUGCCGUCGCUCGUCAGUCGCGGCGCCGCCAUGAUGUACGGCAGCGGGAGCAGCAGCGAGGAGGG